GGAUGAGGGCGCUUCACCGCCAUUUGAAACACACCACCUCACAGGAUCUGCCGCAGCUACGCAGUGUGAGCAGCCCCGAAAGUAAGGCUUGAAGAUGAAAUGAGCAACAGAUCAGAAAACGAAUUUCCUCAAAGCGAAUUGGCACAGAUCCGAUCCCACGAUUGGGUGAUGUGAAAAUCCUUAACGGUGAGAUCGAUCGUUCUGGGACGAGCAGGCUCAAGUGAGGGAGCAGGACUUUUCAAGAUCGCUGCUGUUCACGUUGGCCACCAGAUGAACAAGUUCUGAAAAGUCGACCUGCGCUGUCUCUGCAGUUUUUCCCUAACGAGACUUCAAAUUGUGUGAGUACUUUAGUGUUUUAAAGCGUGUGAUAGUUUUCUCCCACUGUGUUGAUCCAAAACUCUACGUUUUACGCAGCUCACGCACGACUCAGACAAAACUUUGCUCGAAUUGCAAGACAUUACUUUUACACUUGGGAGUGUUUACAGCUCAACGUUUCUUACUUUCUCAUCUUGAAGUACCUGCUUGACAUAAGGCUCAAAGUUAAUGGAACGUAAAUAAAAAAGCAAAGCAACUAAACUUGACCAAAAUUUGGCUGAAACUUGGAGUAGUUCAGACAGUGGGACACUUGGCAGGGGAUGGGAUGAAGUGACAGCCAUGGUUAGUGUGUAUGGAUGUAGCCUUGUUACCCCUCUUGCUAAUGACAGGUCUCGGAGAGCAUAAUUGGUGUUGUGUUAUAAAGCAUAAUGUCAGAGACAAAGUUGAAAGCUAGUGGGUGAUAUGUACACAUGUGAUUGAGGUGACAGAGAUGCUGGAUCAAGCCACUGACUGCUGAGGGAAAGAUGAACUCAAGAGUAUUUUGAGAUAUUGUGUAUGUGAUGCUUGAUUAUUCAUGCUUGUAUUACUCUAGUGACCAUGUGUUGGCUGGAUGCUCUUUACAUGAUGGUAGAAACUAUGAUGAUUUCACUGACAAAACUGAAGUGUUCAUGUGCAAAUGAGUUUGAGACUGCACCUUUAAUUCUUCUUCUUUACCAAUAAUAAUUGCAUAUUAUUCCAAAGAUAAUUCACUAAACAUAGUUUGAACUACAUGAAUACUGGAGAGGAAGCGAAUGAUCCUGCUUUUAUUUUUGACUAAUCAGGAAUAUUUAUCUUCAAGUACACAAAAAAUGGAUUAAGUCAGUGUCACACCUAUUCUUACAACUUUAACAAAGUGUGCUCACCUGUGUAUCUGACUGAAGUCAUAUAUGACAAAUAACAACUUUCAUGUAAUUGUGAGGAGUCAAUAAAGUAAUGACAAAUAAGUAGAUUGCACUUGCUUCUCUGGCGUCAGCAUGUUUGAUUUUAGAGCAUCUGAUAUUAUCUUCUCUGUCUGUUUGCUCCUCAUCAGUUAUUGGCAUAAUGCUUCGUUUAGUCUCCAGCACAGAAGAGCUUCUGCUAUUUAAAAACAAAGCACAAUGCAGUUGUGCACAUAUAUUUGAUUAUGGAGCAUCUAUGAUUAUCUUCUCUUCUCUGUCUGUUUGCUCUUCAUCAGUUAUUGGAAUAAUGCCACAUUUAGUCUACAGCACAGAGGCGCUUCUGCUAUUUAAAGACAAAAAAUGCAUUAUGUAGUUGUGCACAAACUUUCAGGUGCUAUUUUAAACAUGUUUCAUCCACACCAGUCAUAAUUUAUGUUAUUUUAUUUUGAGCUAAAGGUGUAUUUGAAGGUCUUGAUCUUAUUUACGACUGAAUUUUUAAAGCAAUUUUGAAUCUUACAGAUUAAAGCUCUUGUCAGGAAUUUGUUGAUGGUUAAGAAGCAGAUUGAAAUUAAUGGUAAUGCCUCUCUAUGACCAAAAACAGUCUGAAAGGAGAUUGAAAAUUUUUGUUUUUUAAUGCCUGUAACCACAGACCAGACCAGACGAUUGGCAGCAUGCUGGAAAAAGCUUUGCUGUGUAUAUCUGACUUAUCACAAAUAUUUCCAGUGUAGAUGGUAGCCACCAUGAUUUCUUUAGCAAAGAGACUAAACACAACUCACCUACUCUCUUCCAGCAGCCGCUUGUUUGUAGCGAGACCUCAGGCCAGUCCAUUACGGACUCAUGCUAUAAGAAAGCAGGGUUGUAUCAUUUAUAAUUUCAGAAAAUGUAACAUAUACGAACAAGUUUAGUUAUAAGCUGAACAAGAGUACUUUGUCCACCGGGGGUGCCAACAUCAACACCAGUGGAAAGUUUCCCACAGGAGCUUUAAGUUGUGACAUACUACUGCCUCACUGUCCUUUUUAAUUUGAACACACAGCUAAGUGAAACCCUCUAUGUGUAUUACAUUUACUGCAAUUACAUCCACUAUGUUGUUAAGUUGAGUGGGAGGUCAAACAAAAGAUAACAACCUGUAGCUCUGUGGUCUGCACACACUGGGGGGUGUGCAUCCUUCCUUUAAAGUGAAUAGUUUGCCACUGUUCUCCUUAAUGCACCUGCAGCCUUCCAAAGAGAUAUUACAUCUGCAAAGGUUGCUCAGUAGGUAUUAAUAGAGAGGAAAAGCAUGAUGAGGGACAUGUCUAAUGGCAGCCAUUAUAAAAUCCACCAGGUAUCUCUCUGUCAAGAAGAGAUGUUUUAAUAGAUGAGGCGAGGAGUUUUAAGAGACAUUAGUCCAUCAGUUCUUUCUCAGCGUUCACUUCACUCCCACAUACAACGUUAAAUACAACUCUUAUGUUCUAUACCCUUUGACAGCUUGGGAAGCCAUUAGAUUUUACGCACAUUUAGGUGCUCUUCGUUGUCAGGAUGUGUGUGUGUGUGUGUGUGUGUGUGUGUGUCUGACAGACAGAGGGAGAAAUGUCAGGAUUCAGAGCACAUCAGAGAGGAACAUGCUGCACAUCUAUAUUUAGAGCUACACUAAACAACAUGUGGGCUGAUAAAAAAAAGUUUCAUUUGCUCUUUUAAAUCGGAUUAAACUCUGCAACCUUAGGCUCUGAGUGUGUACCUAUCCAGCAUGCAGUAAAUCAUAACAACCAGAUCUCAGGUGAGUGUGCACAUGUGGCUGAAUUAAUUUUCUCUUUAAUGAUCAACCAUGACGGCCACUUAUUUCACUGAUGACAAGCAGCUGUAUGAGAGAGAGAGAAAAAAAGCAAAUUUUUAGGCAAAAUUCACCCAGACUUAUUUGGUUCUAAUAACUCAGACAAACGGUUACAUGCCCAUGCAUGCACACACUCUAUGAGGAAUGCUGCAUACAGAGAAUUUCCAGAAAGGUCAUUUUUAAAGCUCAUGUUUUGUCUAUCCUUGCCGAACUCUGGAGGCUCACAUUUGCAAUCUUUACCUUUCUCCUUCCUGCUUCGAUACACGCGUAUACACAUAUGCACAUGCACUCUCCCAAGCAAUAGUCCUUUUCCUAUGCUUGCCUCCCACACAGGCACUCACACACACUUACUAUAGCAGUGUGUGCAGAUGUGUGUUCUAAUCUGCUUCCAGCACGGGCUCUUCUCAUGCCAGCAUGCUGACUCUGAGUUUUCCACUCUCUCUUAUGAAAUGAGAGUCAGACAUUAGAGCCAUCCAGAUCUGCAUGCCUGAGAGCUCACACAGAUACACACACGCACCCACACACACAGGUUAAAAUCUACUUUCUGUGUGUCUGAGUCUGUAUGCUCACAUGCACAUGUGCACACACACUCUGUCUCUUAAUGACUCAAUGUAAAUAAAUCCAACAGGCCCAUAGGAGCAGCUGGUUGAGCUGCAGUUUUUUGGGCCCCUCCUCUUGUCUGACAGGCUCUGCCUCACCAGUGUCUGGUGUAACGUGCAGGCUCAUGUUUGAGUCUGAAAUAUGUUUACUUAAAUUUUGUUUAUUUUAAAGAAACAGGUUAGUGGUGGGGGGAAGGUUUGGGGGCAGAAAUUCUAUUUGCUUGAUUCUUGUGCAAUCACAGUGAUACCAGACAUUGGACCUUGGACGACUUUGUGUAUUUUUGUUCACAAACAUGAUCAUUAGGAAAUGAUUGUGUUGAACAGAAUCAUUACUGCCACGUUAUUAUUAUUAUUAUUCGUGAAAUUUCAUGUAAUAUAAUGUUAUCGAGACAGCGGUAAAGACGCUUCAUUUGAUUGCUGUGUUUGUCUAGAUUAUUAUAAAUAGAUGAUGAUGUGUACUUUUCUCUUUAACUUUUCCUCACUGUUUAGUGAAAUGACAAACUACUUGAAGAUCUAGAUAUAAAUGUAUAUGAAGUAACCUGAAACUUCAAUAAGCAAACAAACACCAGUCAGGGAAAUCAAACGAUUGGAGUGGCAAUGUGGGGUGUGAGCACCAUCGGGUGACUCCUUUACGGCACCGCUCACUAUCUUUUAAAUUUCGCUCCUGUUGAGUAAAUCAUGCUGCCUCCAAGCACCUUACUUUCUCUGUGCUUUCAUCAGAAGCAUUAAUCUCACUUAGGUUGUUUUUCCAAAACUAAAGUCACAGUCUAAAGUUUGGGGAUUGAAAAAAAACCCCCACAAAACUACAAGAAACCAACUUUGGUAUGUUGUUGUCUUUUGUUAUAUUUGUGUGUCUUCCAGUGGGAGCUCGUUGGUGUCCACACCGCUGGGUAGAUAACAAUAGAACAGGAUAAAUAAGCUGUCGUGGUGCAUAUGGGAACAGAAAUUGCUGUGCAGCUCUUAAAACACACCUCCCUUCAAGUGCUCGCUCCUGUCUGUGGUUUUGAAGCUAUUACACAGAUUCCUUGUGGCAGCACACUCAUCCUUUACCGAUGUCAGCAUUAUUCCAUGAUUACAGUUGAUUGCCUUUGUUUGAGUUUUUGUCUGUCUGUCUUUGAGAAAUCACACUCUGAAUAGCUUUGGAUUUCAUUUUAGCCCUGACCAGUAAUUCGUCAGCUGGUAAUUGACGAGGUCAUAGUAAAUUAAUUCACAUCUCCUUUUAAUUCCCCCUCAGCCUUCCAUUAGCCAGAACUACUCAGAGCUGUGAGCGUCAGGGUGUUUUAAUAGAUGAGAGACUGAGUCAGAAAGAGCACGAGGCUUAGACAAGAAUUAAAAGACACAAUGAAGAGUGGAUAGUGAGGAAGAGACAAAGCAGAAAUACACCAAUGGAUGGUUUUACAUUCACACUAUUGCAUUGUUUACUUGAGGAGUCCUGAACACCUUAAAGCCCCAGAGAGGUUAGCAUACUCUUGCAUGCCUUCACCAUAUUUUUUAAAACUAUUUCAGACUGGAUUCUUUAUUAAAAGCCCCUGUCUCACUCCAGUUAUCUUCAAGAUCUGGGAAAAGCCUUAGAAAUACAGUAGAUGGGGGGCUAGCUUAGCGAACAGCUUAGGUUAACUUGCACACCUGUUGCCCAAAUCUGUUUAAAAUCACAGACAGUACUUCCUUUAGUAGAAUCUCAACAUUAUCCACUAAUUACCCACUAAUUUUAAUAUGCAAACGUGUAGAAAAAUUGCAGUCUCACAAGAAGAGACCUAUUCUUAACCAUGGAGAGUUCCCAAGCUUCAACAUCCUAAAGCAUUAGAAAGUAAUUUGGCAGCUUUAUGGCAUGUCAAAUUUUACAUUAGUGGUGUAAUAAAAACUUGAUUUAUUUUGAAGACAUGCUAAAUCCUCCAAUUACUCCUGGGGCUAGUUUGUAUCAAAGAUGCCUUCAUGAUGUGAAAAAGAAAACUAGAUAUGCUGUAACAUUGUUUAAUUUUGUGGUGCUGCUGUGUGCUCUUGCUGUUCAGUAGAUGUAGAUGCAUGGUGCGCAAGUAUGAAUCAUGAUAGAGAUAGUUUUUUUUUGCAGUGAGUUUAUUAUUUCUAUUUUUAUUUAUUUAUUUGCACUCCUGUCAGGGCAGUGAAGGCAUAGGGUGCAAACAACAAAGUAAUUAGGACAUAGACAGGUUAUAAACAUACAAUGAGUAGGGAAAGGUCAAAACAUGUAUAAAUUGUCAUAAAUAAAACAUAGACUAAUCAUCAACCAGCCGAAUCAGAGAUAGAGACAAUAUAGGUAUUCAUAAACAGAAAAGAAACAUGAAAAUGACGUGUUUAAGACAUGAUUAGAUGAAAUUUCAAUGAUAUUUUCAAGAAUUUGAAGGAUAAUAUUGAUUUUAGACAUACAUCCAGAUCGUUCAAUAGUUCCGGUCCUCUAAAAGUGAAAUUAGACAGAUGACAAGAAGUUCGACAGAAAGGUAACUGGAGAUGGCCAUUUUGUCUUGUUGAGUACAGGUGAAGAUAAAAAAGUUUUGGAAAGAGUCAGGAAGGUCUUGUUUCCACCUCACUAACAGAUUGUGCAUGCCAUUAAAAGUAACUUUAAAUUUAAUGUAAUUCUGUAUGGUAAAAAGCAGAGAUGUGACAACUCAAGCACAAAAACAUUCAUCCAUCCAUCCAUCUAUCUUCUACCGGAUAUCCGGAGUUGGGUCGCAGGGGCAGCAGCCUAAGCGGGAAGCCCAGACUUCCCUCUGUGUGGCCACUUCAUCCAUCUGUUCCUGGGGACCCCGAGGCAUUUCCAGGCCAGCUGAGAGACGUAGUCUCUCCAGCAAGUUCUGGGUCUUCUCUGUGGUCUCCUACUGGUGGGAUGGGCCCUAAACACCUCACCAACAGGGCAUCCGGGAGGCAUCCUGAUCAGAUGCCCAAGCCACCUCAACUGACUUCUCUCAAUGCAGAGGAGCUGUGGCUCUAUUCCAAGCCCCUCUCAGAUUACCGAGCCUCUCACCCUGUCUCUGAGGAAGAGCCCAACCAUCCUGCAGAGGAAACUCAGCAUCUUGUUCUUUUGGUCACUACCCACAGCUCAUGAGGUAUUGGUAGGAAUGUAGAUUGACCGGUAUAUCAAAAGCUUUGCCUUUCUGCACAAAAACAGGCUUUUUUUAUUCACUCAAUUGUAAGACUUUGAACCUCCAUGCUGCAGAUGCCACUCUGGUUGCUGGUCACCUUAUUUUUUCUGCGGUGCCACAGAAGACAGUUUUUCUCCGUUUUGGCAUAAUUCUGUAUUUCUCAGUAAUAAUCCAGCAGAAAUACGUGAGUUUCUCUGGGUCACUUCACCUGUGUUUUAUCUAUCUAUCCUCACCUUCAGUCUGCUCACUCUUAAUUUCUUCUGGACCUUUGUUGACUCUGCUCAUUCAAUCACCACAACUAUGUGAUAUUACUGAAAUGUGGACAGAGAAAAAGACGAAAGGUACAAAACACAGAUGGGCUGUAUAAUCAUGUUAAUAAAAGUAUGAUCAGGGUUUAAACGACUACUUGCUAACUCUUAGUUACACACUCCAGGAGAUCGUUUCUGUGGGUUUUUAACAUUUUAAGUCAAUAACCAGAGCGUUACUCUCAACCUUCAGUGCAUAAUGUGUAUCCUUGAGGUCUAAAAAGCAAACAGGAUGUAAUUACUCCAUCUUUAAAUAUUUACAAAGCUCUAUUUUAAGAUAGUUAUGUUGGUUUUAAUGUGUUUUAAGUUUUUGUUACAAAACUUCAUCCAGCAGAAGACUUUGGAGAGAAAGUGUCAGAAACCUGCAUUAUUCUGUCAACGCACAUUUAACCGCCUGAGAUAAAGACCCUUCUCCUCAGUCAGAGAUUCACCUUCUUCAGCUUUUCCCUGUCAGCCUUAGGGUGUCAUUUCAUGUCUUGCUUGUACAGGUUUUGAAAAUUAAAGACAAUUAUAUAUCAAGUUGAGACAUCCAUGAGAAACCAGGGUAAGAUACUUUUUGUCAUAACCAUAUCGAAUCACACCGUAUCAUUGAUUUAAAAGUAUUGUAUCAAAACGUAAUGUAUGAAUUGUAUCAUUUUGUACUGAAUUGAAUCAUAUUGUAUUGUCUUAUAUUGGAUUUUGUCGUAAUGUAUCCCACUGAAUUGUAUCUUAAACUGCAUCAUCAUGUGGAACUUGCAGAAUCUUCAACUGAUACCGAAAAAAACACAUCACUAAAUGACCCCCCCUAUCACUGCCACCACCAGGACUGACUAAAUGAUUGUGCAAGUUUUCCAAAAAUGUGUGUUUGUUGACAACCACACAACCUUUUCUUGCAAAACUAAAGCUCAACCUUAAAAGGCCCAAACAGACUAAAUGUAUUAAUCCUGGCAUGGUGCAGAAGUAAACUGAGACUAUAGGCUGAGCACAUCACCUAUCUGUGAGGAGAAAUGGUCAUCAUCACUCUGUGUUACUGCUCUGCAGCUAUAGACGAGCAGAUCUAAUGUGCCCUCUCACCUCCUAACCUUUCUUUUCCUUUGUCUCCCCUCUUGCACCAUCACCCCAUCUGCUCUUAACCUCCUCUUCUUCUCCCUCUCCUGCUCUUGUCAGCUCCUUUUGUACCGAUACACUGAUGAUUCAAAGGGAUUUGAGGAAACAUGGGAGCGGCAUGGCGCUGGCAGUUGGGUGCCAAAUCAAGAUGUUGCAUGCAUUUGUAUGUGCUAGUCUGUGUGUGUGUUUUAGGGCAGAGGUAGUGAGAGGAAGGUUGACCACAGAGGCCUUAAAUGUUUACAGAGGGACCCCAGGAGGCCUGAGCUGAGCCUCCCUCUUUUCUGAUUGGUUUAUGCUGCCUCCCCGUGAGUCUGAAAGCCUGUAAUUGGCUGAAAGAAGGAGAGGAAUGGGGGACAAAUGUGUAGAAGAUGGAGAUGAACAACAAACUUUUGCAGACGCUUUCACAAGAAAAAUGGGAGACCCAUUUGGGGUUACCACGAGGCACUCUGUUGGGAUAAAGAGGACUGUUUGGCCCCUUUUUCUUUUGUCUCAUAACUGAUCGAGCACGUAGGACGUCAACAGAAAAGACAAUGUAGGAAAACAAGAAAAACAAACAUCUUAAACCAUCCUAGAGUCAUUAAGAUCGAAGGUCUUCAUUUCAGGGUUGUGAAGUUCAAUAGAAUAAAAGUGCUGUGGCUUUUGAUGGCGAGAUGGUUUUAAUCAUGAUGUUAUAAUGACAGAUGAUCAAAGGUAAAAGCUGUUUGAGACAGAAUGAUAGAAAUAGAGGAUCUGAGGGGAAACUUGGGUAGAUGACAAAUGCAGAAAAAAAGCAAUAAUUGGUCGUAAAUGAGGCAUUUCGGUCCGGCCAGAUGAGCCGGCAGUUUGACAGCUCCCUGCCAUAAAUUCUUUCAUUGUAUAACUUGGCCUUGUAUGGCCUCUGACACAUGGAAUUCAUCCGCACAAAGAGGCGUACACACAGAGACACACACAUAUAGUCUCGGCUGAAUGUUCAUGCAGAUGAGAAGUGAAUUCCAGAAUGGUUAUUAUUACUGUGUGAGUUUUGCCAGUCGUAUAAUAUACACACAAUAAACUCAUAUUUUGCAAAACUAUCUUGAUUCUUCUUCCAGCACUCUUGGUGCAAUGUGUUUGUCGUUUGUUCCUCAUGCACUGUAGGUAUUGGUUAUUUCAAUCUGCAGUUAAUACAACCCAGAGUUCAUUAAUGUUUUAGGUUUUUGCUGGAAGCUGAUGGCGUGUUUUGUGAAAUCUGGAUCCAUACAAACUUUCUGCAAGCAUUUUUUGCCUCUUGGUCUGCAAGUUCUCUACAGAGGAUUGUCAGUUGUGAGGCUGUGACGUGGCGGCAAUGUCCCUCAGAAGUUGUUUUCCUUUAUAUGAAAAUAAAUCCCGUUGACAUAUGGUUUUAUGCACACACACACGCAUACAGAUGCGAACUCUCUUUCAUGCAAAAACAGAGGAUUUGAUUUGCCAUGUACCUUGUUCCUCUCAUAUGACUUUGUGGUCCUCUGUCCUCAGACUGCACUAGAGGCCAGGAAAUGUACUGAGAGCUUUGCCCCAAAAAACACAGCGUCUGGGUUUAGGUUGUUGGCUGCCCUGCAAACUUGUGGAGACACAGCUGUAAAUAGCAGAGGGUGCGGACAGAAAGUUUGGCCUAUAUUUAGUGGUUGAACUUGACUGGUAGAACUUGUCCUCAGACACUGGCUCAUUGACCAGGAAGAUGGUGUAACUGUUUGUUCUAUAUAGGGCACCUGAAACUCUUAUUUUAGGUCUAACUAUACGGCUCAGAUAUGAGAGGCAGUUUUUGCAUUUCUGUCUAAAGUUUCUGUCGGGAAAUGUAAGAUUAAAGGCCAAGACUGGGAAAAAUGUUCCCAUUCUGUGUGGUACAAGUUUUGAACAGAAGUCUCGGUAGAUUCCCUCGAAUUUAGCUUACAGAGAUCAGACAAAAGUCAUUAUUACUACUUUUUAGUAGAGUAGAUGGGAUAUGAAUGUCUUACAUCUGAAUUUAUCAAUAUUUUAUACCAUAAACAGAUUAAAUGGAUGCUAUGAGACAUUGCCUUUAGUUAUCAGCAAAUUAACAUUUUCCCUCAGCUCUAUGAAGCUUUUUGAUGCCCAACUUUAAUUACUCACAACUGGAUUGUUUCAUAGUAAGGCUGUAACCACAUCAGAUUUUACUGUCUCGGUUAUCAUGGCAAUAAAAUACCACCAUAAUGAUAUUAUUCUGAUAUUUGUGUAAACAGGGAAAUUAAAACAACGCAAUCAGUCAAAAUGAGGAAAUGAAAGACAAAGGUGGAGCAACAUGUCAUAAACUUAACUAGUGCACACAUUUAUUAUAUACUGUGUGUCAUCUUCUUUUUUUAAUCAUUUUCAUGCUUUUAUUAAACUAUGCUUUUAUUUUGAAGUAUACCACUUCUGACUGGUCGUACGUUAUAGACCUGAAAGAAAACAGUUAAAUGUAUGGCUAGGAAGUACAAAUGUGUGAUUGAUUGGUAACCCAAAGAGGUACCAGCCUAAACGUUGCUUUUAAACCGUCAGUUUUUCAAAGGGCUGCUACAUGUAGCUUUCUACUUUGUUUUUGUCUAUCCUCCCUUCUCCCACCAUUAUCAUAUGCUCUUUUUUGUGAUAUUCAUUUUCCUGUCAUCCACCUUUUUUCCAGAGUUUUUUUUUCCUAAAUAGCAUCAAUCAGUAGACACAGUGAGUGACAAACGGGUUAAAAUGACACAGCCAGAUUUAUAUUUCAGGUGUUGGUGGAGACCAAAACCGAGCCAAUAACCAAUACAAAAUGGAUGUUGAUGGCCCUCUCUUUUCCUGAAUGCACCUGCAUGUAGGUGUUAUAAUCACUUAAAUAGAUAAAGAUACAAAAUAGGCCUGGCAUCACUGACUGACUGUUGAGAGUAGCUGGCCUGGUACUUGAUAUUAUUUGCUUUUAGUUGCUACAGUAAGAGACGAUUGCUCCACAUGCUUUUAAUUUAAAGCUAAUAAAAUAAUAAGAAAUAAUAAUAUAAUAAGUAACAUUGUAUCUCGAUUAAAUAUUUGUAUAAGUUGAGAAAAAGUGAUCAUUUUGGAAAUUGUUUCAAGAGGAAUUUAAAGGAGGACCACUGCCCACCUAGGCAGAAUAACCUCCUUCAACUCUCAAAUGCUGCAGCAGCAACCUGGCAUGAUCAUUAAUUAUGCCCUGUUCCGUGUUGGGUUUCACAUACACCAGCUGAAAAUAAAUGGCAGCCAGAAUUCAUGCUCACAGGUCAGAGAGAAGGAAAGAGAGAAGACAGAGAGAGCGAGGCCCAGAGCCGUGAGAGAAGGAGGGUCUUUUUCACAUGGGCAUGUCAUCAUGGAGUCCGGCAGAUAAUUAUAAUCACAGUGUCUCUGUCCCUCUCUCAUUCUUCCCUCUGUCUCUCCAUACAGCAUCAUGGCUGUCCCGUUGUCCACCUCCCCCAACCUCCUGAUCCUUCUCCUGGUUUCCUCCCUGGAUUGGCUGUCUGCUCCAGGGUCUGCGUUUCUGAUGGGUCGGGACCCUCUGACAUCAUCAGGUAGGUGUUUUUUCCCUUUUGCCUUCUUUUCUUUGGGGGGAAAAAAUUGAUUGAUGGUAGAUAAAUGUUUCCUCAGACACUUAAUCGUCUCUCAAUGUGCAGCUUAUUAAACAUUAACAAAAAGGAUUCAGGUUGUGCGCACGAUAUGUUGUUGACACUUGUUAUCACGUCUUAUGUCAGACAUCAGUUGCAGAAUGUUGUUUGUUCUGAUAUAUGUGGAAAGGUUCGCUGUUGAGCAAACGCCGCACUUUCCCGGUUUGGCCCGUCAAACAGGCUGCUGAUCAAUAGAGCCUGGGUAAAUAGUCAGUCAGAGCUCCUCUGUCAAAGUCCAGGGACGGGACGUGGAUGAAGCAGGAUGUUCAGCCAGCUCGUCCUGCUGUCACUGAACCGUCUCAGAUAAUUAGGUGAAAGAAUGUUUGUGGCUGAAAAAGCAGGCCAUGCUUUAAUUUUGAUCAAAUUUACCGCUUGAAAUCCAAAAAGCAAAAGAGGGCCACAAAUUUCAUAAGCAGCUAUGCUGUCUUUAGCUCCAUAAUUAAGUCCUGUUUACUAAAAGUGGACAAGAAUGAUGGUUAAGCAUUUUCUCUAAUGGUUGAGGUCAAGUUUGAGGCCUUGGAUCACAGAAAUCAUUUUUAUCACCAUGCAGGAACAGCAUAUAAACCCCUCAGCCAAGACGCAGCAAUGAUGGACUGCUGGCUUUGUUGAGGAAAUUCUUCCACUUUUGGAAUAUUAAAUGUCAUUUCCUGAGUCAGGUUUUUAUUAUACUAACUGAGAAACCUUUGUUUUGUUUUUUUCUCAGUAUGAAGUUUGCACAAGGUUACCUGGGGUGUGACUAAUGAUGUUUAUUUUCAUUGAUUUACCAAUAUUUGCAUGAUUAGUUGAUUAAUCAUUAGCCAAUGAAUGGCCAGUUGCAUUAUCCCAAGACCCAUAAUGAUGUCUUCAUCAAGCUUCUUUUACCCAACAAACAAACAUUUGACAUGAACACUCUUAAACAGCAAAGAAAAAAGAUGAAUCCAUACAUUUAAGCUAGAAGCCUCAAACAUUAAGUUUUGCCUGAAAUGUGACAAAAAGUUAGUUAAUUGCUAAAGUUUGUGUUUGGUUUUUGAAGAGUUGUGAAACUGAUUGGCUGCCUAAUCAUUGCAAUCAUUGUGUGUUGAUUCAAACACAGGUGAGGCAGAUUUUUCAAGUUGUAUUUUCAGACUUUUGUGCCUUUAUUCAGAGAGGGUUGGACAGGGUAGGGAGCUGACUGAACUGCUUGGAUUCUGUGUGUUCGAUGAGGUUCAUCCAUCCAUCCAUGGAGUAAAAUCAGGCUUUGGCAGUUCUUUUAAGUUCAGGUGUUUAUUUGGGUGUGGUUGUUGUUCAGUCAUGCAACAUAAAAGUUGUCCUCAAAUGUAAACUCUAAUCAACUUGCUGACUCAUCAGUAUAUUCUUGGACCCGUCUGAUGAAGGAAUCGAGAUCAUGAUCCGAGAAAUAUCUGAGCCGCCUGCCUCUGCUGCAGCACCUGCUGCCAGAGUGGAAAGCAUGCACGUGCCUUGAAGGGGUUUUAGCUGUUGGUUAUGGCAUCCUAUUGAAGCUUUGUUCAUGGACUAAUUAUCUAUUUAGAAAUAUUUUAAGUGCAGGUCAUGACUUAAAUGGUAUUAGAGUUAAUGAAAUAUCAACACUGGGUGAUUUAAUCACUUUAAUUUGGACCUUGAAUCCUCAACUUAAACCUUCACAAUAAAGGCAUUGACAGAGCUGACAUGUGAGUUACUGAUGUUCUUCCUCAGGAGUGGAUUUGAGGAUACUUUGUUUUCUUAAUUUCUAAAAUUUUGCUGUUACUUAUUUUGCAUGUUUUUCAAGCUGUAGAUACUGACGUCAAAAAAUGAACAAUGCCAACUCAUCGUGUGUACCCAUUCAAAGUAAAGGCCAGUCUCUCUUCUUCCCUUUUUCUGAUGUAUUUCUGCUUUCCUGAAAGAAAGAGUUUUGUUUUGAUAAGGCCAUGUAGAAAUCUGCAGCUCUCCCAAAUCAAUGACACAGCUAAUUAUUGCAUCAAAACUUUAAUGACUGCAUUGGUUAAUUCAAGUUUUCGAAACAGCUAAACAGGCCCGAGUGGUACAGAUGUUGGAGAGUAUUGAUCCUGUUUUAUCCCGUGAACAUAUUGUUCUGACAGCUCUGCUGGUUUUUAUGUGGAAACACAAUUUUUUCAAAACAGUAAUUCUGGUGCCAGUUCUGGGACCAAAGCAGCCAAAAUAUUCUGUUUCAGAGAACUUUGGUUUGGAAACAGCGUCCUUCGUUUUCUUUUAAAGCGCCUGUCAGACCAGUGCUUAGAGUGUAUUUGUUUGAACACAAGCGUUCCCAUUUGGAUGAAGCAGUAACGCUUAAAAGCCAGUUUGACAUGCUGAAGAGAUUCUUUAAUUGGCUGACUAUUGCAGUUUCUGAGUAAUCGAGCCAUGACUUUGGUGUUGUUUAGGGUUCAGAUGCUGCUUUACUGAGGCAAGUUUUUUUCGUGCUUGAUUUGGUGUAGGAGUACACCUCAGAAUCCAUGUUAGAUAUAUAGUGUGAAAUUGAAGCAGUUCCAUAAUAACAUGAUUUGUAUAAAAUUGGGUCAGUCAGUUCUUUUACAGUUGAAUCAUGGAGUAUUUUCACAUACAAAUAUGCUGUGGUAUAAAGUAGAUGGGUAUGACUACACUCUAUCAUGAAUUAAUAUCAAAAACCACACAGAGCUCUGAGGCCUUUGCCCUCCAGCUUCAUGACUUUCUAUUUGUUCACAGACUGUAGCAAAAGUCUUUAUUUGUGUAGGUGUGCUGAUAAGCUGACAGACAAACCACUGAAAGCCAGGUGAGGUCAAACCAUCAAUCAGUCUGACUGGCCCGCCUCCUUUAGUCAUUAAAACGGCCUCCAGCACUGGCGCUAUGGGUAAUCUAGCUCACAGUCUUCCUCAACAACCGUUAAAACAUCUGUAAACACAAAGCGGGCGCUGAUAGCAUGUGCAAACAGACACAGCCUGGUUCUUUCUCAAACCUAUCAGCCCUGACACCUGCCUCACACACUUAACGUCUCCCAGAUUUGACUUUCUACCCACAAUUCUUCCACCAGGACCCAUAGUUGAUUGGAGAACUCAUCAAAGCCCUAGAUAAUGUGACUCAAAAUCAUCAAAAUUACUAUAUAAUAUCAAAGCUUUGAGUAUCCGCAGAAAUCUGGGUAAAAUAAUCUUUAGCUUUUCUGUAUUUUCCAAAUCUGUGUGGGUGUAGCCUCUCAUAUUUUAGCAUGACACACAACAAAAGCACAAAGUUUGAGUCAUCUGAGUUUAGAUAAGGUAACAAUUUUUCACGUGGACACCCAGUGCUGAGUUACAAAAUGCUUUGCUAUCCAUCGCAUAGAUAUCAGUUAGCAUGCACACACACGUGCAACAUUAGCCAAGCUGCCCCUAUUUGUCCCCAAAGCUAUGACUGCAAUGCUAAAUGAUAGCCCUGUAGUGUUAGCGAGCGCUAUGUUAUUACUGAGCUAAACUAAACACCUGUCGCUGAAAAUAGAUCGUCAACGACCUGACUCAACCAAGCUAGCUAAAAAUAGACAGCAUGGUCCACAUUCAACACCUGCGGCCGUCAAUACUUUGCCCAAGGUUGAAGCUAAAGCUGGAUGCAAAGUGUCAGAAAGCUGCUUUGUCAUGUUGUCCUCCAAUUGUUGUAACUGGAUGUAACCAUGCUUUCGUCAACCCAAAUAUUAAUGUGUUUUACCAUGACAGUUUCAUUGUAGCUGAUUUAAUUUCAAAUUCUCAAAGGAUCAUAACUAUAACGUAAUAUAAGGCUUAUUAUGAUUUGAGUCUCCUUAAAUCUUGUUUAAUAGGCAAGUGUAGAUUAUUUUGGUACUCCACUGCAGGCCUUAUCAAGCCUUCCUGGAAACCUGUGGCUUAUUCUCCUUUUGUCAGAUUUGUAUGUCUGUUGUAGAGCCAGCCACAUAACAAACCAAGACAUACAGAGUCUCCUAUAUAUUUAAAGGCUAACCAGAUGAUUAUAGCCAGUGGUAGUCAUUUGUCUUCCUCUGUCCUCACACACACACAAAUGCUCUUUUUUCCCUUUCCUGAGCGUCCCUGUGUGUCUCAGGAGGACACGCGCCUCAGGCUCUCGCAUUGAUUUUGCAGAGCGAGGCUGUGUUCUUGGCCACUGAGGUGGUAACGAGCAGUAAAAGUGUAGACGCUCGGUUCAUCUGGCUCAUCUCGCCUAUACACACAAUCUAUGGUUACAUCUGCCUCAAAGACAAGUGGUGGAUGUGUUUGCUCUCAGUGGUGGAGCUGGGGCCUUGUGUGGGAUGUGGUGUCUAAAGCUAAAUACAAAGUUGUAAUGCAUAGUGGUGAUAGUGAGAUGGAGGAUACAUGGUGGAGAAAAUGCAAUGUAAUGAAAGGGUAGCUUCAAAGUUGCAGAUGCAAAAGGCAAUGUUCUGCAUGCACUAAACAAGACUAUUUUCAAACUGCAGAGAAGACUACUGCAGCAACAUAAAUGUACAGAGCAACGCUGUGAAGCUGGAACCCUCUAUGCAGGACGUAUGAACUCAGUUACUCUUACAUUUGCUGCUACAUAAGUUAAAAAAUACAACUUAGUAGCUUUUUUAACAGUAUUACCUGCAGUUCUUUCCAUCCAUGUAGAGAGGUAAGGAAAAUUGAUGAAUCUGUACCAAAUUUUUUGGUCCAAUUGUUGAUUAUCAAAGAGCUUUCAGCAGCUAGUUUUUUUCCCCCUCACAAAUCAGCACUAAGAAUGCUAAGCCAGUAAGUAUUGUUAUAAUAUAAUGUUUUAUUGAGUCCUACAAGAUUAUAAGUCAUUUGGUAGCUUAAGUUUAAGGGCUUGAAAUUGCAACACAAUUAUACUUAAGGCAUAUUUGAUACAACCAGCUAGAUUUACACCAACUCACAAAUAACUACUGAGAUACAAGUUCACUCCAGUCAAGUAAGUAACAAACACUUCAAAUCCUAAUUAAUGCAUUAAACUUGUUUUUUUUAGCUCAUUUUAACAAUGUUAAGCAGUUCUGACUCAUUUCUUCACAUAGAGAUCAGAAUGAAUGCAAUAAAGUGUUCAUUAUGAUCCUGGCUUUAAGAUUUUUAGUGAAAUAAAUGCUGCUUUUCUGCACCUGUCUGGUCUGAAACAAUGUCUCAGAACUAAUAUCCAACUUUUUGAGUACUCUGUGAAAUAUGCAGGAGUGCAAAUAAAGAGUCAGCAGAAAUAUGGUGUGCAGUGAUUCUGUUAUCUAGUGAUCACCUGUUGAUGCAACAGCAUUUACACUUUUCAGGAGUUCCAGUUUGGUUGCUUCUAGCUUCCUCAUGGGUGGUAGCUUGUGUACUUGGGUGGCAUUUUAGCAUCUGUUAUAAUCAAUCAAUACAUUUGAAUAUAUUGUGAGUAUGUCAGUUUUACACUUGUUUGGUCACUAGAUCAAUAUUUUGACCCAUAUUGUAUCAGAACACAUACUUAAGUCGUGAUCAGUAUGUUAAUCUCUACUUUACAGCCUUUAAAAUAUGUGGUUGAUACAUCAUUUUGCUCCAGAUAGUCAGCUCUCCUGUGAAAUACUGUCCCAUUGGAUAAAUAUUAUAGAAACAAUUCAACUACAAUCAACAAAUGAUUGGCCAGUCUCUCAAGCUCAAGAGUAUGUCAACUGAGUAUGAGAAUAAGGUUUGCCAAAGGAGGAGAUCUCUACAGGAACUCAUUUUAAAAGCAGAGGCUCAUUCACCAAGCCGGUUCUGUUACUUGUUACAGAUAGCUUUUCUCUCUGACUGAGCUCUCAAACAGUGGCAGUAACCAGCUGAACUAAACAUGUAAAGUCAUCUGACACCCCACAGGAGGACCAGAGGGUGACAAAGUGGAGUAAUCCAAGACAAAGACUGUGAAGUGUGCAGGUGUCCACGCUGUCAGACAGACAGCCUGCUCAUACACUUACUUAGAUGUAUUAUGGCAGAACUAACUCUUCUCUGUGGACUUUAAUGGUAUUACAGGAGAUUAACAUCAUUAUUAUAGAUCAGGGGUCGGCAACCCGCGGCUCUGGAGCCGCACGCGGCUCUUUCUUCCCUAAGCUGCGGCUCCCAAUGGAUUUGGAAAAUAAAUAAUAAAUACUUAAUUGCAUUUUAUUUUAUUUUAUUAUUAUUAUUAUUAUUAUUAUUUGUAAUUCUAAAUUCAAAGAUUAUAAUGCUCUUGUAACAUUAAAUUAACUAUUAAGGCUGCAACAACGAAUCGAUUAAGUAGAUUCGUCGUGACGAAAAAAUCCGUUGCCAACAAAUUCUGUAAUCGAUUCGUCGGGUCUUUAUAUAUGUCCAUGGACACCGGCGUGUAAACAUCAGCAGGACGCACAGAAAAGAAACAGCCAUGGCCGAGGCAGCGGCUGAGAAAAACAUGGACACAACCCAACCCAAAUCCCGACCUAAAACAUCAGUGAUGUGGGAAAACUAUACCAAGACUGAAAAGGAAGGCGUUCAGUGCAACAUUUGCAAAGACCGUUUUGCAUGGCUCGGGAGUACAUCGAUGAUGCGUGAGCACAGGGUAUGACACACGCAUUCCCACUCGUUCACACGCUCACACACCACACAUUGUAUUUCUCACGCAUUUAAAUGAACACGGUGAUGUCCACCAAGUUGCACUUCUUCAACUAUGGGACUGGGGGAAAUCAACUGAGUUCCUCCGAGAGUUCAGAAGCUGCGUGCCACGCACAAGCCAAUCAAAUAAAGUAUAUCUACUGAACAGCCAAUCAAAAAGCAGCAUUGCUGUAUCCGGGUAGAUUUUGAUAUCUUGCGGUUUAACUACAGAAGAAGACAGACACUCGCCGAAAUAGUUCAUUUAUUUCAUAAAUGCAACUCGCUACAGUUUUUUAUAUACUUUGUAUAAAGGUAAAAAAAAAAAAAGAUAUAUGCAAUGUUAUCUUCAUUUUAGAUGUCAAAGAGGUUUUGUGGCUCCCUGUGUUUUCUUUUGUGUGGGAAACUGGUCCAAGUGGCUCUUUGAGUGUUUAAGGUUGCCGACCCCUGUUAUAGAUGAAUCUGUUGGACCAGAGCAAUCUUACUGGGUCAUACCUAACUAUGUGUAUGUGCUGAACAUCAAACUUCAUGUAUUGUUGUCAUACUGGGAAGAAAAGCUGAAAGUAUUCAAGGAAUAAGACAAUGGUGCUUUGAUUGUCUUUGUUGGUUUUGUUUUGAAUGUGCCCUUGUGCUUAUACACGUAUAUGUGCAGCUUCAUGUGCGCGUUGGAAGCUAUUUAUAUCACCUGUUUACGUUCCCUUGUUUGUAUCUUGUUGCAGUCUCUCAUCUUUCUACUCCUCUCCUCUGGCCCACUUCUCAACACUUCUGACUUGCAUGAAUGCUGCGAGCCCUUUUCAGCCUUUCACCAAGACAACUACACUCACUUUGAUAUGCCAAAAAAAGAAAUGCUGUUCUUUUAAUGUGGAAAAUAAAGUAUAACAGAUUAGUCAAAAGCUCAAUUUGAAUUUUCCAGACAGUCUCGAUCUCCUUUUUCUCUUUUUAUUUGCUCAACCUUUCUUGUCCUCGGCAUCCAAAUCAUGAUUUUCCAUUAGACAGACAGUGCCAUCUGCAUCUGCAAAGGUGUGCAUGCAAGUGUGUUCGCAGGGACAUAUUGUAGGACUUGGCAGACUGACAUGCACUCUAUCUCCUCUUUUGAUGGUUUCAGUGUGUAUUUAUUAGAGACUCCAUCUGGUUAACAGAAACACACACACACACAUAAACAGACUGAUGGUGUUUCAGAAAGUGAUGUGCAGAACAGAAACCAAAUAUGAUCACCAGUCUUAAAACUGUGCCCAGCGCUGUCUAACGCAUAGACCAGAAAGUAGCCACUGUAAAUGAAAAAUCAGUGUGUUGAUCGAACUUAAAAUAAGAACAUCAAACAGCGGCGUUAAAUCCCUUAAACUGUAUUUUUACUCUUUCUGUUGUGGUUAAACUGAGACCUGCAGCUGUCUUUUUUGCUCUGACUGUCUUAUAAUUGUGUUUACUUGUGUCAGCGGAGAGCAGAGUACAAGUUGUGUGAGUGGUGUGAUCAGGGACAACAGGUUCGACUGUUCAGCAGUUGCUCGAGUGUUCUCUUCAAGCUGAGGCAAUCAUACCAAUUAUGCGCUAAUACCAAGAUGAAGAGACACUCCGAGUCUGCAGUGUUUUCUUUUUUUUUUUAACAUAGAAGCCGAAGUCAGAAACACAUCAGAACUGUACAUGUAGUCCAGGACGUGUAAUGGAUGAUCACAUUGUUUAUGUUGGGUCUUAAAUUCAGAAUAAAGCAAAGAUGUGCAUCAGUGCGAUGUAGAGGAAAAAGAGACCAUGUGUAAAAGGUUUUCUCUUCAUCCAGACAACACUACUGCAGCAGCACUCUGCACUAAUUGAAGACGGGAAAUACUAGUCUGUGUUGCUGGAGUCAGAGGUCGAGAGCAUACAACGGGCAGUGCCAAUACUAGCUUGAUGCAUUUUUAAAUAUUAUAAAAUAACUUAGCAUUAAGUGGACCAUCAAGAUGGAAAUAGAUAUGGAAGACAAAUAGUUUUUUUUAUCCUUGAAUCAUCAGGUAACAUUGAACAUUGUGACAUUUUGAGCUUUUGUUACCAAAUUUUAGUCAAACACGUUAGAUUAUCGUCUGCAUAGAAGGUUACACUGAUCUCCUGAUGUGGUCAUUUUGGGCUUACAAUCAUGAAAAAUAUCAAUAAUUUGUUAAACCAUCUUGUGAUACUUGUGCCAACCAGCAAGGGGAAUGACAUUUAAUCAAUGUCACCUUAUCGCACACAUCCCUCCACACUGACUAAUUACUGGAGAAGACGAAUACUAUUAUUAAUUCAAAAGACUUUGAACCAGGUGUAGACAGCAGUUGGAUCUGAUUUAAACUUGGAUUACUAAAAUGUCCGUAUUUAUCUGUUAUGUAAUGACUUAAGCUUUAUUCACUAUUGUAUUUCUGUGUUGCAGCCAAAGCUCACACUGGCUCACUGUUCUGGAGGUGUCACUUUAUAAUCUAUACGUUCAUUUUCUCUGACAGUUUCCAUCUUGCUGUUGUUCCUCCUUCUUACCUUAUAUCCUUCCCUUCCCUAAAGCAGUCCCCUUAGGUGUUUUUAACCUGAACGGUAACUGGAAAUCUGCAAAUGAGCCGUAAAGGGUGAUAAUUCAUAGUGUCAUAGCCUCAUUUCCCCCAAGCAUUUUACAAUAUAGGAACAGAUAGAGCCUGUUCUCAACACCUUUUAGUGCUGUUUGCCAGCAGGUAUUAGGCGCAGGAUAGGAGUGCUUUAUUCAGGCUUUUUACUGUAUUUUUAACCUUAAUGGCUAGAGCUGAUGUGAAAGUGGAUACGUGGUCUCCUAGCUUCUUUGUAUGGUCUCAGGUGUAACAGACAGAUACAUAUGGAUAGCCACAAAAACAGGUUUUGCCUUCCAGUUGAAGCAUCUUAAGUGCUGAUGUUUUCGUGGCAGCUGGCAGGUACAGGCAGGAUUUCCAUUCGAUCAGUUAGACUGGUUAUAUAUCAGUUCAUAAAGAAAAUGGGGUGUAUGCACCCUGCAACAAAAUUACCAGCCUGUACGUGGCAGACGACAUGUAGCUGUCAAGUUGUCCCCUCUGGCUUGUUAUCUAGUUACAACUUGAACAAUGUCUUUUUUUAUAUACUGUGCAAAACUGAACAUGGUGAGAAUGUGUUUCAUUUUUCUAUAGGGAUUUAAUAGUCGAGGCCUGAUGGAAGUGAGGGAAGACUCAUGACUGUGCAUAGAAGAGUGAGAAUUUCAGUCACUCCAGGUGUUGCAAACAGCAUUUUACCUCUGAUUCACAGCAGAUUGGGGAAAGUUGUGCUUGGAAAAUGACUUUUUCUAACAUGGCUGGCCUUUCUGCUUUUUACCAGCAGAACUUCAUUCCUUGGAAAGGCUGAGUAGGAGCAACAGUCUAGAGUAGAAAAGAGUUAGAAGAAGAACACAAUAUGACGUAGUAAAAUGUAUGAUAAAAUGCGACUAUCCAAUCAGGAGAAAGAUUUUAUUUCCACCCCCAAACUAUGCAUUUCUUUAGUUGUUUCGUACGUUAUUGUAAUGUUUCUUGUUGAGUUUCUUCUUCUAUUUGCAUCCACUGUCUGCACAAAGGCUGUUGGUGGUGGCAGCUGGAAUUUGCUGAAUGGGGGGAGGGAAGCCGAGUUGAAAUAGCAAAAGCUCUGGGAACCGAGACAGUGUGCAGAAGAUGAAGGGAGGGAAGGUGAAGAAGGGGGAGGGGUGUUGAGAGCUGGAGUCACAGUGGCGUAGGAAUGCGAUGAAUUACGAGGCAACACUGGCAUCAGAUAGAGGGUAAUCAGCGCGAUGGUCUAUGUUCGCUGUGAAUAAAUCAUGAGUAUUUGCGGUCUGGCUUGGGUUGGGUUUGUUUUCAAGGUGUUUUGUUGGACGGUUUGUGUGUUGAUGUCAACUGAGGGUGCAUGCUGGGUGUGUGUGUGAUUGCUGCACAUGUCCACGUUAUGUAUACAACACAUUUCAUAACUUUGGCGUGAGAAAAUCCUUCAAGAAAAGCUAUCCCAAUGAUGGUGCCUCACUGCAUUUGCAGGGCAUCUCUCUUGUCGGUUUCUGAUCCCCGGUGUUGCGUUGAAGAGCGUGUUUAUGCUCUGGGUCCGUGUGUGAUUUAUUCGACUGCCAGCUCUGGAGGAAAGCAAGUGGAGCAGAAAUCAAUGAUACCUUCAGCUGCUUAUUUAUGGCUGCACCAAACCUCCUGGACUGGCUGCUGAAUGAGAAACUGGCCCCCAACAGGAGAGGGAGAUGGCAGAGGGUGGGGUCAGUGGGGGUGAGAAGUGAAGGGGUGCCAAGGGAGAGGUGAUAAGGGCUGAGUCAGAGCCUCACAGUGGGGCAGAGGGCAAGUGGUAUAAAAUGUGUGGAGAGAUCUAAAGGUUAUGAAGUUUUGGUGACUGAUAUUUGACGCCAUAUGAAUCCAUCUUAUAUCAAGCUGUUUUAAUUAAAGGUGUGUGUGUUUUUUGUCUUUCAGCUACCCUUGAACCACAUUUCACAGAGUGCAUAUCCAGAGAACAGGAGACAUUUCGAUGUUGGUGGAAUCCAGGUGACUUCCACAACCUGUCCUCACCUGGAGCGCUCAGAGUCUUCUACCUUAAGAAAGAGUGAGUUUGAUAUCCAUCUGAGUAGCACACAAGUAGUCCAAGUUAUGGUGUUUCAGCUCUUUGUACUCUACGACAACCAUUAGUCAUUUCUUUUUCUACUGUCCCUCAUUGUUUCCUCCUUCAGCUCUCCCACCAGUGAAUGGAAAGAGUGUCCAGAGUACAUCCAUUCAAAGAGGGAGUGCUUCUUUGAUGUAAACCACACAUCCGUCUGGAUACCUUACUGCAUGCAGCUCCGCGGCCAAAACAACAUCACCUAUUACAAUGAGGAUGACUGCUUCACUGUGGAGAAUAUUGGUUAGUAACAAACAUUGUGGAUAAAUCUGGAUUGGGGGGGAUUCAGCUCAGUAUUUCUAGGAAAUGUUGCCUACUGCAGCAUAUCAGCUCUACCAGCGAAUGUCACAUCCUUGUCAAUAUUACAACAAGUGUCUGACACAGAGUGUUUUCACAGUCGAUGUUUUCAUGUCUGCCAGACUUUAUCUUACCAGGGCUGGAGAGGAUGAUGAUAGAUAACCGAAUUACCACAUGCCAUAUGUUUGCUGAUGUCUGUGCUAUGGAAAAAACUUUGUUUAUCCGCUUUCAUCCUGUGAACGCAUCGAUUAUCAGCGUGUUUUUAUAGAUAAUAUUUGGAUCUUGUCCUCUUCUCUGCUGGACCUCAGUGUAAGCUGCUGAUAGCAAGUUUGUUGAUUUGAACUGUGCAACAUACACUGACUGCCUGUAGCUGUAUUUCCAGCAUGUGACUGUUAGAAAUCAAUCAUUAGAAGGCUGGUCUUCAUCUUUUUUAAUGACCACUUUGAUCAGCAUAAGGCCACAAAUUCUGCCUGGACCAAGAGUGUUUGUGAUUCAAGAUUAUAAUUGGAAACUUUUAUGUCAUUCACUAAUAAUAUUCAUGAAGUCUUGUCGUCUAUCCCUCAUAAGUUUACUCAUUCCUUCUUUUUGCAACCCAAGGUCAAGAUGUAACUAUACAAGCUCAACUAUAUUGCAGAUUGUACUCAGAGAAACCCCUCUUAUUUUAUUCACUGCAAUGAUUUCGAACUCAAGAGGAUCUUUAAGUGUUUUACUGAAGUGGUGUUCAAAAGUGAAGUCAGUGCAAAAAACAAAUUACUGCACUUUGAGAGAAGCUACAAGAACAGAGGAACCCCCCAUUAAAACCCAUUUUGAUACUGAAGUAACACACGUACCAAGAAAAAGAGAAAAAAAAUCUGAGUACCCGAUUUCAAAAUACACAGUUUGGGGUUUAGAGUACGGUCUUCAUUGUUUAUUUUCAAGUAAAAAAGAAAAAUCAAUAAAAAUCUUUAAUCCAGUUUGUUUCUUUAAUAUAGAUUUUUAUUUUUUUAAGACAGUUCAAGAUGCAACAUUUGAGUCUUAAAAUACCUAGACAUUUUUUUAUGCCUGGUGUUUAUUUCUUUGUCUUUCUUUUUCCUCUAUCUUUGUUUUUCUUCUUUUUAUUUCUGUUUAUUAUUUUAUUUCUUGAUAAUUAUUUUUAUUAGAUUAUUAUUUUAUUGUUAUUUCUUUCUUUCUACCUUUUUGAUUCCUUUUUUCUUACUGUUAUUUCUUUCUCUGUCUUUCUUUUAUUUCAUUUUUCUCUUGUAUUUUUUCUAUUUUCCCCUUUCUGUCUACCUUUCUUUCCUAUUUUUUCUUUCUCUUAUCUUUUCUUUUCAUUCUUUCAUUCUUACCCUUUUCUAUCUUAUUUCUUCCUGUUUUCUUUUGUUACAUUUCUUUGUCUCUCCUUUUUUUAUUUUUUUAUAUUGUUUUCCUUUUUCUUUCACUGCUUUUUCUUUCUUUCUUUCUCCUUAUUUAUCUCAUUUUUUGGGUCUGUGUAACAGAUAAUUACUUCCAGCAUUAGAUUAUUUUGGCAGUACCACACAACAGGGUGUGAAAAAUGUUCUCAUAAAAUGAACUCAUUGUGCUACUUCUGAUUUUACAUGUAUCUAUUAUUUUUUUCUACAAAACAUAGUACAACAAGCUGUUUAAGUUUCUAAACUGUAUUUUCUAAUCUGUAACAACUUGUUUGAGGGUGUUUUUUUUUUUUAACAAUACACACAAUUUGAUCAUGUUAAAGUAAAGAGGUAUGCAUUGAUAGGUGCGUUGUGGUUGGAUGUAUGUUGUAUAGCUACUCCUCCUCCUCUUUGCCAGUAUCUGAAUUAGCUGCAGGUUAGUUUAAGUCAGCAGCACCAAUGAAGUGAGCACCAUCACACGCCUACUCAGAUAACAGUGAGUGAGCUCACUGAGACUAUCUCUGUGUUUUUGAACAGUCCCUGCUUCAGCUUCAUGUCUGUUUUUUCUGCAUUUGGGUGCUCUGUUGGAAGACAGUUAAAUCAUUUCAUUUUUUUAUUUACACUAAUAAGUACCAGCUUUCUCACUAUGCUUUAGUUGAACUUUUGCCUUUUGCCUAUCAUGACAGUGCGUCCAGACCCACCGGUGUCUCUAAACUGGACCCUGCUGAAUGUAAGUCCCUCUGGACUGAGUUAUGAUGUCAUGGUCAACUGGGAGCCCCCACCCUCUGCAGACGUCAGGGCGGGCUGGAUGCGCCUAGAGUACGAGAUCCAGUACCAAGAGAAAAAUUCUACAAACUGGGAAGGAGUAAGUCCUUUCUCUUAAGCUCGCCCUGAAAUUCUGCCUCUUUCUCACACUAACUCACCACUCCCUAACAUGUCCAUGCACAUGUAAACACACACCCCAUGGUAUUACAGACUGUCUCUGUGCACAUGCACAACCUCACGCAAAUGCAAACACUCGUGCACCCCUCUUAGAGUGAAGUGUAGGUAGGUCAACCAGCCACAGUGUCGUGUUUCCUUCCCCCUCCUCUAAACUCUGUGGCUGAAAGGCAGUGGAAGCCUGAGCUAAACCCUCGGGGAAAACACAGCCUUUCUAAAGGAAGUAAAGGGAGGGAUCUGUAGGUCAGAGGCCAUGGGACCUUGAACAGACACAUAUUCAUUACCACCGGGCCUGCCAGUUCUACAAACUCAGCCUUGGAUUAUGUUUUAGAGCCCCCCAUUAUAACACUAUGUCCUACAUCCCGUGAGCCAAAAAUACAUCAACCUUAACCCUAACCCCUGAGAAAGAUCAAAGCUACAGGUACCAGGAAUAAACAUAAAGCGCAGGACACCAUGUUUUACUUCAAGUCUGAGUGUUUCUCCUGAGAUUUUCACAAUUGGAAUAGCCUUUAUGUUAAAUUCAAUCACAGAAAAUCGUUAUUUUCCUCUCACUCUCUUUCCUCUGUGUUGUUUUUAAUAACAGUUGGAGAUACAGCCACACACUCAGCAGACGAUCUACGGCCUGCACAUAGGGAAAGAUUAUGAAGUGCACAUACGCUGCAGGAUGCAGGCUUUUACCAAGUUUGGAGAGUUCAGUGACUCAGUCUUCAUCCAAGUGACCGAGAUACCAAACAAAGGUAAGGUCAUGUUUGGUAGUCUAAUUAGGUAGAAGUAGAUACCGCACAUAAAUAUGGCCUCUCUGUUUUGUUCAGACUGAGAGCAUCAUCAAGAGUAACCAGGGAAAUUGUCGUUAUGAUGAAAAUGAUUAUGGUUUUUGUUUUCUGUUUUGUUUCCAGAGUCUACCUUCCCACUCACUCUAGUGUUUAUUUUUGGGAUUGUGGGCAUCCUCCUUCUCAUCAUGCUCAUCAUUGUCUCUCAGCAGCACAGGUAGGAACAGAUAGUACGACCCCUUGCUUGUUACACAUAAAACAUAUUAAACCUUUGCUCCAGGAUGAGCUGUGUUCAGUGUCUGCUGCAGACUAGGCAGCACAGCUCUCGGGGUGACUCCACUGAAAAUAAAUGGCACACACACACAACUGUGAAUAGAUUGCCUUCAUCACUUCCUCUUCCUUUCCUCUUGUCAUUAUAGAUUAAUGAUGAUUCUGUUGCCACCAGUUCCUGCACCCAAAAUUAAAGGCAUUGAUCCUGAGCUGUUGAAGGUACGCUUAUUUUGGUUGGUGUUAUUUUGCCUGGUCUGACUGUGAUAUUCUUCUGUGAAUUCUCUGUUUACUCCAGAGUGCAGCACAUGUACAGGCAUACAGAGUGGCUGCAUGUUGUUUACCAUUGUACAGUAAUGACUGUGGAUAUGUUGCUGAAAAUGCCAAAAGGCUAUGUGAUUGCAUGAUGAACUGACAGUCUUUUGUCAUCUAACAGAUGGUACUUUCUUUGUCUUAGAGCUAAAAUACAUUUUGAUCAGUGCUUUUAUUUGAUAUUAUAUCAAGGCAUUCGUUUACAAAUCCAUGGUUACAGUAUAUUGCAAGGUGCUAUUUUCUGAUAUUUUUUCUCUAAUAAAUGUAAUACCUGUCAAAACCAAGAAAAUUAAAGUUUGGGUAGGCAGGAUCUGAGGAAGUGCCAGUUUUUGGGAAAAAUCUUGAAUGUAAACACUAACCAAGUUAUUGGUUGAUGUGGAGCGUGCCUCACAACACAAGGAAGCAGCAUUCACCUCACAACCAAUCAGGAUGGGGAAGCGGUGAAUGGCUUUGUUUACAGUCAGAAAUAGUGGGCUGCUCAAAAAAUUUAAAAUGUUGACUACACAGACAUAAAAAAACACAGCGAUAUGGUUAUAUAACCAAAUGUCAUCAAUAACUAAUAGCUAUUGACCAAUAUAAAAGCUUUUUUGUAUAUACACCACAAAAAAAGAUGCUUCUUUAACAGAAUCCUGCCUACCCCACCUUUAACGUUAAAAAAGAUGUAACUAACUGCAUUUUUACUAAAUUAAUCUGUUAGUAUAGUUGAAUUUUAGAUUGUCGUUUUUAGACAUUGGGUGAACAAUAACCCAAAAAGUUGUAAAAGCCGCUCCUCAAACUUUCCCAAAACCCAAAGUGACAUCUUCAAACGGCUAUUGUCCAAAGCAUUUAUCUUGAAGUUAAUUAAAAGCAGCUAAUCCUUAAAUUUAAGAUGAUCAAUCCCAUCAAUAGCUCACAUCUUUCAACACAUGGCACCGCGUAUUGUUAACUCAGCGAGUUGAUUAUAUAAUGUGUUGUGUAAUCAACAUUUCUGUUACAUUCCUAUUAUUAUUUGAUGACAAACAGACACUGCUCAGGCGUCCAUGUGGCCCAUUUAGCUGAAGCACUUCGAGCUUUGUAAACAUCACAUCUACCGCUUUUCCUUCUCCAAUCACGGCCUGUUUUCAUCCAUACCAAUGAUCAAAUAAAAGCAUACAUGUCCAUAAAUAAUGUGAAAAGAAAACCGGCUCUGUUGUUCUGUGUAGGUAUACAGGAAGAGGAGCAGCACUGAGGGGAUAAUAACAAUGGAAAGAUGGUCUUGGUCUGUGUUGUUGUUGGUGUAUUAUUGUCAGAUGAUGUGGGAUGCAUUAAACAGGCAGCCUGUUUGCUCUUCACAAAACACACCUCACCUCUGAACCUCGGAAAAAUAAGUCCUGAUUAUGAAAAAGGGCAGCUAUUUCAUACUCAGACAAAGGGGAAACAGGGGGUGUGUUUUGUUUGCACAUGAAAUUUACACAUUACUCACAAAGCUGUGAGGAGAAUAGGACUGCUACAAUAUUUUCUGAAAGCACAUUUCUGCUCCUCUAUUUCAAAACACACUCAUUCAAAUACAAAUUGCUUCCACACAGAAGGGGAAACUGGAUGAGCUGAAUUUCAUCCUGAGCGGUGGAGGGAUGGGUAGUCUGCCGACGUAUGCAGCCGACUUCUAUCAAGACGAGCCGUGGGUGGAGUUCAUCGAGGUGGAUGCGGAGGAUACUGAUGCUGGAGAGAAGGAGGACAACCAGAGCUCAGACACCCAGAGGCUCAUUGGGGUGCACCAGCCGAUCAGCCACCAUAUGAACAUAGGGUGCUCCAAUACAAUGGGGUACAGUAAAGAUCCUUAUUCAAAGCGUGUUGGAACCAAUUUUGUUGUAUUUGAUAGAGAAGCGACAAUGUAUCCCAGUCCCACACUGCAAAAAAGGAAUUUCAAGAAAGGAAAACAGCCUUGUAUUAAGGAAAUAAGUCUUAUUUUUUGUACAAAAAGCAUUUUUAUCUUGUCAAGCAUGUUUGGCAUUAGAAAAAUUCUCUAAUUUUAAGAGAAAAUGGCCAACUUUUUCUUGAUAAGAUAUUCCAGCUAAUUUUGAGAUAGAACGAACCAGAAAUAGAGCAGAAAAAUGUUUUAGAAUAAAAUCCAGCGGAGCAACAAGAUCAUUCGUCUCAUUUUAAGAAUAAGACAUAUGUACAACCUCUCAAUUUAAGAAUGCCAUGAAACAAGCACAGAUUUUUAAGAUUUCCAUUGCAGGUCAUCUGAACCUGACAGAAUCUGCUGCCUCACACAUUAUCUGACAUAUGAAGAUGUCAGUAGGCUAGUCUUUACAACAGACAACAUAAUACAGUGACCAGAUGAAAACUGCAAAACAACAAAGAACAACAAAGAACAUGCUUGCUUUCCACAUGCUUGCUUGUGGAAUAAAAAAUAUAUAUUUAAUGAGAAUUUUUUUGGUAUCUUGAUUUAAGACAACAUCACUUAAAUUUGCUAUGCUGUUUUAAGAAAUUAUAUCUUAUUUGAAUGACUGUCAUGCUCAUUAAUAAUAGUAUUUUCCUGAAGUUCAUUUAUUCAAGAGACUAAAAUUCAAAUUUUAAAUAACUUCAUCUUCAUUUUUCAUCACUUGCUGUAGAAAAAAUUAGAAUAAGAUUUUCAGUCUAGUUUUAAGUUUCAUUUGAGUCUGUCAGGACUAAGAAAUUUGUUCUGUUUUUUUUGAGAAUUCUUGUCAAGCAAAAAAAAACCUUACCCCAUUGGUAGAUUUUUUUUGCUUGAUACAAGAUUAUUUGAUUGAAUAUAAGAAUGUUUUGCUUCUUUCUAGUAGGGCUGUAAUUUCAUUGUGUAUUUCUUAAAUUUUGCCGCUAGUAUGGACUUUACAUGCACAAUGAAAUUAAAUUACACAGUUUCAGCUGAUAAUUGCCUCCACAAUAAAAAGUCUACAUCCUCUUUUUUCUUCUAUUUCUGCUUUUCUUUUCCACAGUUUCCCUGAUGACGACUCAGGCCGGGCCAGCUGUUACGACCCAGAUCUGCCCGACCAAGACACCCUAAUGUUGAUGACCACCCUCCUACCAGGCCAACCAGAAGACGGGGAAGCCUCUUUCAACGUGGUGGAAAAAGUACCAGCUCCAGAACGAGAUGACAGACCCCUGGUCCGAACCCAAAGUGGAGGGCCUCAGACUUGGGUCAACACGGACUUCUACGCGCAGGUCAGCAAUGUGAUGCCAUCUGGGGGCGUGGUUCUGUCUCCUGGCCAGCAGCUCAGAAUCCAGGAGAGCAUCUCAGUCACAGAGGAGGAGGCUCAGAAGAAGGAGAAAGAGAAGAAAGGAAGCCAGGACCCCGAGGAACAAAUGCAGAAAGAGCUGCAGUUUCAGCUGCUGGUAGUGGAUCCUGAAGGGAGCGGCUACACCACAGAGAGCAGCGCCCGGCAGACCAGCACUCCCCCCAGCUCUCCGCUGCCUGGUGAGGAGUAUCAAACCACACACCCACAGAUGGGGGAGACCAAACCUGCAGCCACAGCAGAGGGAAAUCAGUCCCCUUACAUUCUUCCUGACUCUCCACAAUGCCCUUUCUUUGCCCCUGUCGCAGACUACACAGUGGUUCAGGAGGUGGACAGUCAGCAUAGUCUGCUCCUGAACCCUCCUCCUCCCCGCCAGUCUCCCCCUCCCACCCUAACACAGCACCCCCUGAAGCCUCUACCUGCUAUGCCUGUUGGGUACAUCACCCCAGAUUUACUGGGGAACCUAACACCAUGAACCAAAACGGACAACAAAGGCCUUGAAGAUGACCAGGAAGUCCCCUGCAUUCACAAAAGCCUGUUUCUACCUGAUCCUUUGCUGGAAACCAAAACAAAAUAACACUUGGAGCACACAGGAGAGUGUGGAGAGUGUACGGGAGUUUUGUUUUCAGAGGAUGCUGAAAGGGAGAUAUAACAAGCUGUAUUCUUGACUCUUUUGCAUUUGCUUCAUCAGUUAAUUUGAUGCAGAGGCGGAAAAAGAAAAUCACAAACCAAAUUCACAGCUGGCUUUGUUCGUUAACAUCUGUGCAUACAAAUGUAAAGCUGUGACUGUGAUUGUAAUGAGUCGAAAUACAUUAGCCCACUGCCAAACUGCCUUGGUUUGCAUUAUAUGUGGCUAAUUAUGUUAGAUUAGAGCGAUGAUAUGUUGAAGUCUUAAUCCAGCUGAGGACUGUCAGUGUGUGAUUGAUUGAGAGAAGACAAGCACAUUCUCGUUACGGUUUUUCACGCCCCGCCAAGACACAGUCAUUGCUGUCUCUUGCAACAAGAGAUGUUUUUUCCUUCGAAACGGAUUCUCUUCUCUUAGUUAGAGAUAUAUUUUUGUAUAAAAAGGCAUUAGCUCAAGGACAGAUCCACCCUAGUUGAAACACAACUAUGCAGUUUCACUUGCAUUCCUAGCUUUAUUUUCUUUAAGAGUGUCUUCAUAUUGUCUUGAGAAAUUGGCCAAACAUAGAUUAUAUGAUGUCAAGACUAUUUUUGUCUCUUCACGAAUGAUAUAACUCAAAAACACACUGCACACACACAAUACACAAACACACACACAAGUGAAUAGGAUAGAUAAUAUCAACAAAGUCAAGGGAGUAAAAACAGAAGCUACUAUAUAUACUUUUUUGUGGGGUAUUGGAAGGAAUUCUGGGAAAUUCAGGAACUAAUCAACUUUAAAUAGAGUCAAUGUGACAAAAAAAGGGAAAUUACAACAUUCCUGUGAUGCAUUAAAUAUUGCAGACAUAGUAUAAAUUUUUUUCAUUUUUUAUCCUGGGAUUAAUUUAUUCACGUUUUAUUCUAAGAACAUUACAGUGCUUAGCUGCUGUAGGAUAGGAGGAACUAGUCACUCAGAUUCAUUUCGAACUGUGAGCCGCUCAGUACAAACUGUGCCAUAGUACACUUAAGUGCCUUGCUCAAGGGUACACUUAUGUAGUUAUUCAGCAGAAAAGCAGGGAAAUCUACAUUUCAACCCGAGACAGCAAGUCUCACCUUUAAAACCAGCACUCAUUCAUAAACUGUCACUCAAACAGAAAACUUAAGGAGCUAGCUUUCUACUUUUGGACUUGUGUUCUUCUCAUGUUUCAUUGUGAUUGCAGGGAAAGUGACUGGAACAAAUUGAAAGACUGUGAAAGUGCGCGAUUAGCUUAUAUUUUAUCCGCCAAGUACGUCGUGUAAACAACCCGUGCCUAUGAUCGUGUUUAUAUGCUUAUAUAACUUGGAUUUGUGCUUUUAAAAAUAGCCGUAGCUUAUUUUUAAUCCGCUAUGUGCAUCUAUUCACCAUAAAAAUCUGCAUAAGCACUAAAACUAAAGUGUGUGCAUGCAUUCUCACACGCUGCAUAAAAGUAUUUGCCUUAACUCACGUUUGAUAUAGCCCUUCUGACAGAGUCGUAAAAUGUGGGGCUCGUCUGAGGAAAUAACUGCGGGGGUGAAAAUUUUCUGAGACCAAUAAACUGUAAUUUACACACUUCCGAUCAUGCUCAUAAAGCUGACCAUGAUUUUCAAACCAAAAGUACUGAUCAGGGAAAGUUCUGAAAUACUUACAUACACAGAUGAAUACACAUAUGUAAGACUUUUAUUUUUUGUAGUUAAUUUGCCCCUAAAUUUGAAUUUAUAACAUGAUGCUUAGACUUAAAUUGAGUCACACUAACUUUUAGUGUAACCAUAGCUUUAGUUAAUUGUGGAAGUUUUCUGUAUCAGCCUGUGUGGGUGAAAAAAGAGAAGAGGGGGGGUUUUACCGUGCGUUCACACCAUGCACAAAUAAAAUCAUCUACUCGCUUAAUUGGCGUGUAUCUAGACACAUACAUCAAUAGUAUUUACUUGCUCAAUUCGCGCGAAUAGAGCGAGUCAUUCGCCAGAGUAGAAAGAGAAUCUCAUCGCAUCUUUGCAUUGACUUUACAUGCAAUUCAUUCGCGCAAAUGAUUUUACACUUGGUGUGAACGCCCCUUUUGUCUUCUCAUAUGUUUUUCAGUCUAAACUCAAUAAUGAACACUAUGACAAUAUGCCUGUGACGAACACAGCAGCAUGGCGUACUGCGUACAAUAAGCUAUCUAACCUUAAGUCGGUGGAGUUUUUUUGUAGUAAAUCACACAAUGCAUUUUCAUUUCAACCAGUAUGUGAAUGGGCUAGAAGCCCUGUUGUUGUGUAGCAUCAAUGUAACCUUCAAGUAGACCCAUCUCAGCGUAAACACAACAUCCUCCGCAGUGAAAAGGAAACACAUCCUGCUUUUAGAUUGUGUUCUUUGGGGAUCAUCCUUGAGAAAAGAAGCGUGCUAAUGACUUAGACAGUAAAGUUUUUUGUGUCAGACAAUCUCACAAUGAAGAGAGGCAAAGCAAGAGCCAUAACAUGACAAUUCUUUACAAUGUGAAUAUGAUAGAUUUGUGCCAUUCUUUGUGUACUUCUCUCUUUACUCUGAAAAGAGCUCAGUGUUCUAUUGUUGCUGCCUUGUGCUGAUGAUACCAGCAAGUCCAUGCUGUUGCAAAAUGUCUUAAUAUAUGAAUAGUGCUGUAAAUUACAGUUAUAUAUUUGUAUGUCAUUAAUGUUACUAAUCACAGAAUAUUGCUGCUCGGUACAUUAUUUUUUCCCGCGUUUAGCCUUACUGUGGUGGGAAGAGGUCAACCAAGACAGCACAGGUAUAAGGGUUUGUUACAAAGACUGCAAACUGGAUGAGAUCAGGAGAAACUCAAUGCCAUGAUUUGGUUCGGUUAUUAGUUUAGCUAUCAGUAGCAAUUCAAGCUGUCAAUAUUCUCAAACUUUUUCUUUUUUUUUCUGUGUUUACACCUGUCCUCUGAGGUGCUUUCUGUAUAUAAUGAAGGAAGAUCAGAUGUUGGAAAAAGCACAGUGGAGGUUCGGUUUCAGUUGUACCAUGGUAAUUGUGAAUGUGUGCAAACUGGAAUAUGCAAUGCAAUUCUACAGAGAAAAGGUGUUUUCUCUAGGUUACAGAGAGGGAAAUAAAUUGGGAGGUGCUUUUAUUUUUUUGUGUGUGUAUGCUUACUGUAUAGGUGUUUACUGCAUUGUGUCUGCAAAUCCUCUGCCAGGCCACAAUGAGCUCAAUCUAAAUGUAGUGUAAAGGUUUUGCCUCAGUUAUUUCAAGCUUCUAAAUGUUACCGACACUUUAGAGCAAGCACUUUUUACCCAUGCCUACACCUAAUGUUUCAAAUAGUAUUCUGACAUUUUUUGUCUUUAUUUUUUUGGACUCAAUCAAGUCUAAAUGUUGUCAUGAAACAGUUCUUUAUUCAGCACAAUAAUCACAAAAUGAGGAACCUUCAAUAUGAAUAAGCUUUUGUUUUACAGAGUUUAUGUUUAUAGGAUGCAUUUAACACUACCAGAUUGAUAGAAUGAUGUACUGUAAUGGAGUAUUUAAUGUAUGUUGUAAGAUAAAUGGACAGAUAAAGCAGGUAGGUAUAGUCUUUUAUGAAGUCAUAUGAAAAUAUAGGCAGAGUGAAAUAGUUAUACUUUAACUCUACACUCUUAACCUUAUUCCCUUUAUAGAAACGAGGCAUUUCAUUAUGGAAAAGUGCAUUUUAAAGGGGCUACAGUGUUUUAUAUAAUGCCUUUUUACCCUCCAGCUUCUUGGAUAUGUGUCAUUUCCGGGCUUGAAUUUAUCGCUGUUUAAUGUCUGGAAGUAAUUCUGCGUGCUGGAGUUUGUCCAGUUUGCUACCUUCUAUCAAACAAAGAAAGUCCAGCCAGAUAUCGUCAUCUGGUUUGGGGGAAAUAGUUAAAUUCCUGACUAAAGUUCAGCAUUCACACCCCCUUGGUUAGUUUUUUUAUGGCUAAAUUCAGUGGCUCUACUUCAUAGUUCUGUCAAUGUGUUAUUUAUUUGUCUGCUUGCAGCCCUCAGAUCACCCCUCCACCUUAUCUGACAGCGGUGGAUGAGGCAGCAUGAGUAAUGUGUGCGCUGCUAUUCUCCACAACAUGUCAUUCAGGCUCAUAAAAGUAGAAAUACUCUGCAUGUCAGUGUUGGAACGGCUGCAAAGCGGCCACAAAUGUAAAAAAGUCAGCCAUAAUUCAUCCGUUUUAAUUCAGGAGGUCUAUUUCUUCAUGCCUCAGUUAUUAAUUUCUGUAACCUCUUGACCCUGGAGCCACUGAUGAUUGUCGUUUUCAAGGCCAAGAGCUGUUGAUCUUUGAUGAUUUGAUCUUGUCCUCUCAACCAGUUGAGUCUUUUGGAUGUUGUAUGUGUGAUCGAUCUGCUUUCAGCAAGUUACACAAUAAAUGUAUAUACGGCAUCUCAUCCAUUUUGUCUAUGUUUUUGUUGCAAGAUGUCAUUGAAAAUAAAACUCCAAAAACAUUGAACUAGAUUGUUCUGAUCUCUGACUGUUAGACGGUUAGAGCGCCCCCAUAGCUCCUCCCACUGUGAGAUGUGAAGCUUAAUGACUGGUGCUGACAUGUCAUGCUGGUGGAGUUAUGGGAUUAACAUCAAAUUCCUUCUUUUAACCAAAACAUACAUUUAACUACACCAAACACUCAAAGAUCCCUCCAGUCAGAGCAUUAGAACAUUCCUCCUCUGCUCUGCUGAUCCAAGAAUGCUACAGAAGCUGAGUUUUUCAUCAGGUCAGCCAACCAAGCAUCUUUUUAGUUCAAAAUGAAGAAUUAAAACCAGGGCUCAGCCAUUGAGAUAGGGUACACUGCUCUCUCGCAUCAAAAGGAUCAGGCGAGGUGGUUUGUACGUCUGACAAUGAUGUCCUCUGGGUGCUUACUUUUGAGGGUGUUUGGGCACGUCCAGCUGGGAGGAGACUGCGCGGUGGGCCCAAAAUGCAUUUGAAGGAUCAUAUUUCCCAUCUGGUAUAGCUCACAGCUCAUCCUGGAUCCUCCAGAGUGAGCUGAAGAGCAUUGCCAGGAUGAGGGGUGUUAAAGGCAACUUACUUAGCUAGCUGCCAUCACACCCUGGAUUUAUACAGAUGCAAGAAAAUGGGUGGAUAGAGUUUGGCCCCUGGCCAUACCUGCCAACAUUUGGGUUAUAAAAUCCGGGGGAUUUUCGCGGCAUGCGCCGGGCAGUUUUAGGGUUACCUUGUAUGGUGGAUAUAAGCUAAUUAUGAGAGUAUUUGUUGUUAGAUUGCUCAUCCAAAGAAGUAUAAGUGAAGCUGCACACUAUUUUCUUUUGUUUUAACAAUAACAAAUAGUAAUAAAAAAUAAUAGCUACGACAUGCCUUGAACUUCUUUAGUCCAAUUAUUUUGGUGUUUAAGUCCUCAUAUGUUUUACAUGCUCUCCUGUAUGAGGCUCUCUGAACAUCUGUGCAUGAAAUACAGCACUCUUUUAUCUGAGGUGGCCCUGAACGCAUCACUCCGAGAUGGUGCAAGACUGUCAACAUUAAAUGUUAUAUCUCACGUUUGUUUCCCUUUCAUUGAAGUUUUGCGACAAAUAUAUGAUGUAAAUAUAGUUAACAUCUUAAACCGACCUGAAUCAUCCCAAAUUGUAAAGUAAAAGUAUCAAUCCAGUGUCUGUGAGGCUCAGCAGAAACACAGGACUAUCUUUGGUUGACUGGAAACUUUGGACAAAUAUAAUGAGCUGAUUCACGAAUGAACGUGGACCAUCAAACUACUGGUGAUUCCCGGAAGAAAUGACAAUACGGGAGGUGGGUGGGAGAUAGGUCUGAAAUAUGGGAGAGUCCCAGGAAAAAUGGGAGUGUUGGCAGGUAUACCCCUGUCCCAUCUGUUAAAACAAAAGGGGCCGGGCUUGUGACCUUUACUGCAGCCAAAUAGUAGGGGGAGCUCCAAAUAUUUUGGAUUCACAGUCCACUAAUACUACUGGCAUCCAUUUUUAUACAACCCAUUAUUUAGUUUGCUAUUUCUAAAGAAAUUUCACAUGCAUUUACAGCUUUUACCAGCUUUGUACAAGUGAUGUGUGUGUUUCAUCAACAGUAUAAUAAAAUGUUGUCAUCUUCACCACACUUACUUGCUGGUAGAAUUAAAUAUUCAUAUCCUUUCUAGGCCUAAAGUGCCGGUCACAUGUUGUGUCCAAGCUUAAACUAGGCUGGAGCACCAGGUAAUGAUGACUGCCAUGAUGUAAUGCUGCAAUAUUCUACCCAGAUGUAAAAGCAAACAGAUGACCACUUCAGUAGCAUGGGCAGUUUUGCAGUAUUUUGAUCAGAUAAUGGAGAUAGUUGUUGGCUGUGUCUGGCGAUAACUGGCAUAUAACCUCUCAACCAGCAUGUGGUUGUGAGCCUACAACAACGUCUGAAGGCUGUUGGUACUAGCUCUGCUAAUGUUAGUACCAUUUGAUAAUGGCAUUGUUCAGCCACAAAGUCUGUGAUCCAUGUUUAGCCAAAUGAAUUUUAAGUUUGACUGUUUUCUCUGCCUUUGGAGGAGUAAGGUAGUCUUUUAUAAAAACAAGGAAAUGGGCCACUAAAGGAUAUCCCCACUUUGUUAAAUGAGGCCCAGGUUUUAAAUAAACAAACACUGUUGCAUAGUUUUUGAAACAUUCACUUAAAUUUAGUGGAUUUCACUUGGAAAUUAAGUUAACGUGUAAUUUUAGUUUGAUUUAAAAUAUAUCUUGCCUUAAUCGAUUUAUUGGUCCAUUAAACUAACUGUGAAAAGUGCAUAAGGAGCACAUAGCAUGGUGAAGAUCAGCUCUCAGUGACAUAAAUUUAUGUUAAUGGAGAAAACGUACAACCUUCUGUGGUGUGAGAGUUCAAACGCGAAGGAAUUAAUGAGUCUUAAUUAAUGAGAGAGAGGAGGAAAAUAUAUGGUGUGCAUAUAUCUGUGAGGUGGCUGCAGAGCAUGGAGUGCAUGUGUGAAUGAGUUCACAGUUGUUAGAUUCUACCUCUCACACUCAGUGGCUUCUGGAGAGAGCGCAGAGGAAACAGCCGCAGAAACUGUUGUGCAUCGGGGGAAAGCAUAUCGGACAAUUAAGACCUUGGCUGUGUGCUGUUCUGCUCUGUGUGGGGCUGAUUGAAUCACACAGACAGCCACUCACAGCUCUCAAUCUCAGGACAUUGCAGGUAAUUACCCAUAAGUCACUGCUCCCCUGUAUUGGAUCUUCAGCCCAAUUACGCCCACACAAGCAGUCCACCUCUGCCUCAUUUAUUACCUCCGGUUGCUUGUUGACCUUUUCAGAUGCAGUCAGACAGCCAAUUCAGAUACUUUACACCAAGCACCGGGUGGUCUUGAGGACAAUUUCACAGGUUUGGAGGUGUACUUUUACGUCUUGUUAUGUGAGUGCAAUGAAACAGAAAUAACGUGUGCAAUAAAAGAUAGUCCUCUUAUACUGUAGGUACCAAAACAACCAAAACAGGAAAACAGAAAGAGUCAAAAAUUAAAUUAAAUCCAUUUAUUCAUAGUUUUCUAUAUAGAAAAGGCAUGUAAAUAUGAUUAGGUCUACAUUAUCAGACAUCAAUAUAUGCAAGCAAUAUAUUAGACACAAGCUUUGUAGUUAAGUAAGCAA